AUGGCAAACGAUUUAGUCAUCAAAGCAUUAAAGGCAAAAACAAAAUCGCUCAACUUGAGCUCUAGAAAAAUUACUGAUCUUCCAGAAGCUUUUGCGAGGCUGACAUGGAUUCUGACGUUGAAGCUGAAUAAUAACGAUCUGUCGAGUCUGCCAUCUGAACUGCAGUGUUUACAAAAUUUGACAGAGCUCAAUCUUGGCAAUAAUGUUCUUAAGGAGGUGCCAUCUGUGAUAAAGCACCUCUGCUGUCUGAAAAAGCUCUAUUUAUAUGGGAACAAAAUCAGCCAUUUGCCACCAGAGGUUCUCGAGGGUCUUCCAAAUCUUGUGCUGCUCAAUUUGAACCACAAUUCAAUCAAAGUCAUUCCUCCAGAAAUAAAAAGGCUUUGUACUCUAGAAAGCAUCAGCCUCACAGACAAUCAGUUGGAGCAGAUUCCCGCUGAAUUCGGCUUGAUAAAGAGUUUGACUGAGGUUAACUUUAACAACAAUAAACUGACUCAUAUACCACAGCAAUUAUACAAUUUAUCCCAGCUGAGGAAGUUGUACUUGGCAAGAAACAACCUGACAGAACUACCAGAGGGUGUUCUUGGUUGGAAAAACCUGAAGAUCUUAGAUGUUGCUGGGAAUUGUUUAUCAGUGUUUCCAGUCGGGUUCCAGUUUCUCGCAUUAAAGGAAUUGUUCUUCGAGGGAAACUGUUUAGUUCCAUUCACACUGAUUGAAUCAGUUCAAGAGAAAGAAGCUCUCUCGUUAAAGGAACUCUCUGCCAGGGUGAUUCUUAAGGAGAGCACAAACAAGAUCUCGCUGGUGUCCAGGGCUCUGCCAAUUUACCCAGAGCUGCAGGACCUGCUGUCUCAAUGGGGCCAAUGUGCCUUGUGUACCCAGCCUUUCCUCACCACCUGGUUGGAGUGUGUGCAAUUCAUAAACCUCUGGAAGCACAUGGGGAUGAAAAGAUCCCAGUCUAUUCCAGUGAGAGUGUUGCUGUGUUCCUACAAUUGCUUCAACAGGAAUGACCAUUUAUACUAUAGGCUUAUACGGAUAUAA